AUGAGCACCAGAUGGAAAUGCGAUAUUUACCAGAGAUAUCAUGGACCAGUACAGGUUAUGUACAACUCAGAACAGCACACAGUUGUUAAAUUUCAUUUUCGUCUCUAUGUGAAAGGAGCUCGAUCGGUAAAUGUAUCAAUAAACGGAGAAUUCCUGAAUUUCACUAAAAUGGGUCUGAAUGUGAAACACGAUGGCGAGGCGUUCUAUAACUUCACUGAUCAACAAAAUAUUGAACUCGUAUGCGCCGGUGUUGACAAACAAUCUGCAGUUUCGCUGGAGUAUUUUAAUCAAAACGGGGAAAAGAUCUUCGAAAUACAACAAGAACGUGAUACCAGCGUAUUGCUCCGAACUAGACUAACUUCGAAACAAGAAAAGUUUCAUAUAGAUUGCAUUGCUAACACUACUAGUCCACGUCGAGAAUACCGAUACAGAAUUUAUUUUUAUAAAAAAGAAUUGGAACACAACACAGAUAAUCAAGACGAUGUAUUUAUAGUAACUGUAAAUGGAUUGUUAGAACGCUAUGUAAGAAAGAAUGGUUCAAAUUUUUACUAUCCGCCAUUCAAAUAUAUAGAAGGCGAAAUCAUCACGGUCUCUUGCGAAACUAAACUAAAGUAUCCAUUGCAGUUUUAUUUUGGAACAUACGGAGAUAGCACAGGAAUCAAAGUUAAGAGUGUGAAUGACAAAAUAGUUGCUGUUAUAAAUUCAUCUGCUGUUCUUUUGAACAGGAAAACUCUUUUAUGUGGAUUUUAUACGAACAAAAAUGUGACGAACGUAUUUGCCAGGAUGACAUUCAGGUCGGAUAUUGCAGAUCGUACAGUACGUAUCUUCGGUCUGCACAGACCCAAUAUUCUGUAUGAGUACCUCAGCGGUAACAUCUGGACAACCGUCUACCAGUACUCGGUAGACGAAACUUUAAGCUUGGGAUGUGUUCUGAAUACUUUGCCCAAAGAAGAUUAUAAAUUCAAGUGGACUGUUAAUGGUAUCGCGUCAAAAAAGUUAGGAUACAGAGACAAAUUAUUGAAUGGCAUGAAGUAUAUAGAGGAAAAUAUAACACUAAAAUUAACUGAAAACAACGAUAAAAAAGUCAUUAAAUGCAUUGCUUACAAAAAUGGGAAAAUGUUCAAUUUUACUCAAGUGAAAUUACAACUGAAAGAUACAUCGAACAAUGAAUACUUAGAAGCUGAUAUUAAUACAUAUAAGACCAUACUACUAAUACUACUUUACUUAGCCGUCGGUGUGGCUUUUAUUACCAUCAUGAUAUACAGCUUUAUUUUCUGGCGCAAAAGGGCCAAAAUGGCGAGACUACUCAAAAACCCUUACGACAACAUUUCAAAUCAAAACGAAAGCCCAAUACCGCCUUUUCCACCGCAGUGGGACGAAAAUGACCACUACACAAAAAUCGAUGACGGCGUUAUGCAAGAAAACUACUCAUACGGGAAAAAUGAUAACAAGAUGCCAAAGUAUCCAAAUCUGAGACAAAGUAACGGUCCAUCAGAAAAUCAUUAUACAGAAAUAGACGAUUAUUUCAAAACACCAUAUAAAUCAGCUGGUAAGAAUGUGUAUCAAGACAUAAAUGUUAACAAAAAUAUUAAUCUAAACGAUAAUAAAGAUACAUAUGAUAAACUAAGACGUGAUGAUAAGUUAAAUAAACAAAACACUGACAAAACUGCAAUUUAUGAAGCAGUACAUGAAAAGCACAACAAAGCCGAUCAACAAAAUUUAGGAGAUUAUAAGAAUAUUAAUGCAAUGACAACUAUAAAUGAUAGUGCCUACGCCUAUGCAUACGAUACACGACCAGUUGAUGCAAAAUGCCGGAAUAAGGACAGAAGUGCCUUGGAUUAUGAUGUGCCAUAUAGUAUAAGUGAUGUAAGUCGAGAAAAUGAAUGUUAUGUAGGCCCAGAUACGCCUAAAACUUAA